AUGUCUUCAGAAAAUGAUGAAAAUAAGUUAAAAAAAGGUUUAGAGGAAAUAAUUGAAAUAAUUAAAGAUAUCAAUUAUGAAAAAUCAUCUUUUAUUAAUUCCAAUGAAAUAUUUCAAUUCAAUAAACAAAUGAUGGAAAAUUUAACAAAUGUUAUUAAUAAUAAAUUAAAAUGUUUACUUGACACUUUAUCAUUAAAAUAUCAAGAUUAUUUUUUAGAUUUUUUUAAUGAUUAUAAUUAUGAUUAUUCAAAAGGAAUUUUUAAUGAAACAAUUAAAAUUUAUAUUCUUGAACAAUUAUCUGAAGAUCUUAAUGGAAUUAUUUAUUCAUUUGAUGCUUUUAAAAGUUCAUUUGAUGGAAAUUUUUCUGUUGUUAAAAAUUUUAUUGAAAAGUAUCCAAAAUAUAAAGAUAAAUGUUCAAUAUAUGAUACAACAUUAUUAUAUUCAUCAUCGCGAAAUAAUUAUUUUCAUAUAGUUAAAUAUUUAAUUGAACAAGAUUUAAAUUUACCUCAAUCAACAAUAUUUGAUAAUAACGAAAUGAAAUUAAACUCUAUAUGGGAAUAUAAAAUAAUAAAUGGUAAUCAAUGGAUUUUAUUUGAUAAUAAUCAAUCAAACCGAUUACGAAACGCUUUGAUUUCUAUAGAAAAUGAAGAAUUUAAUAUGAAUAUUAAUAAUUAUUUAUAUUCAAUAUCAUUAAUGAAAUGUUUAUCAUCUCAAAUAUCAAAUUCAUCAAUAAAUGAAUAUUUAUGGAUUCGAUGUCGUGGUUCAUCAAUUGAAAAUUUUCAUAUUUAUUCAACAUGGCAAAUUAUGUUUAAUGAAUAUUUAUCGAUUAAAAUAAAUAAAUCUAUAUCUUUAGAAGUUUUAAACAUUGAUCAUACGAAUAUUAAAUUAAAUCAUUGGUAUCAAUUAAGCCAUUUUAUUAAUCAACAGAUUGAUAACGGAAUUAAUUAUAGAAGAAAAUAUUUAUAUAUUGAUAUUGAUUCUAUUGAUAAUCAGUUAUUUUUAUUUAAUUUAGAAGAAUUUUCAUUUUCAAAUAAUGAUCAAACAAUAAACGGUUUUAUUAGAUGGAUACCUGAAUUUCUACUAAAAAAUGAUCAAUUUAUUAUUCAUAAAUAUAAACCAUCAAAUGGAAAUUCACAUUCAUUACCUGUCUAUAUUAAUAUUCAACAAUCAACAAUACUUAAUCAACAGCAAUAUUUAACAACCGAUAUAAAUCACGAUGAAAAUUUUCAUGAAAAUGAAUCUAUGAUAGUCCGUUUUGGAAAUAUAAUAGAAGAAAAAAGUGAUGUCAUUGUUAUAUGGUGGUCAUCAAAAUCUUUAUUAGAAUUAAUUUAUGAAUAUGGUGGAUCAUCAGUUCGAAAUACAAUUAAUCAUAAAUUUGAAAAUAAAUCAGAUAAUCCUAUUAUCAGUAUUCAAUCCGAUGGAUUUAUUCAAUCAAAAAUGAUAUAUUUUAUUGAUUUAGAAAUUCAAUCAGAUAUUAUUUUAGUUAAAAAAUCAAUAGAAAGCAUUAUAAAUAGCAUUAUGGAAAAAGUUCAUGAGAAUAAUUAUAAAAGAAUUUCAUUUUCAUCAAUAGAUUUUAAUUCUAAUAUAUAUCCUUUGGAAUCUAUUAUUGAAACUAUUAUAGAACAAAUUCACCAACAACAAUUUUUACAUAAAAAUAUAUUUGUUUCAUUUAUUAUUGAAUCAAAUAAAAAAGAUAUUUUUAAUUAUUUUUAUGAACAUCUUAAUUCAUUAAAUCAAUCAAUAUCACAGAAUUCUAUAUCAAAAACAAUUGAAAAUAGUCAAAUACAAUUAGAAAAAGGAGAUAUUAUCAAACAAAAAGUCGACGCUAUCGUUGUUAGUUCAUCAUCAGAUAUAUUAAAACAAUUGAUUAUAAUUGAAGGUGGUGAACAAGUUUAUGAAUCAUAUGAAAAAGAAAAUAAAUUAAAUCCAAAUAGUUUAUUAAUAUCUUGUCCAUCGGGAAAUUUAUUAUGUAAAAGAAUAUUUUUUGUUAAAUGGAAUCCAAAUGAAAAUGAAUUUAUUCUUCAACAAUCCAUUAACGAUUUUAUUAAUAUUCUAAUUCAAAAUCUUCUUUCAUAUAAUUAUAAGUCAAUUGCAUUACCAUUGAUUGGUUCAAAUCAUAAAAAUAUUUCAACACCAAUUGUAAUUAAAACAAUAAUCAAUCAAUUUAUUUAUCAAAUUAAAUCUCGAAAUCUUUCCAUAAAUAUUAAGUUUAUUAUUUUACCUGAUCAAGAUCAAAUUUAUCAAGAAUUUUAUCAACAACUUUUACAUAGUCAUGAACAGCAAGAUAAUCAACUGAUAAAUUAUGAUGAAAUUCCUUCCACAUGGGAUCUAUCAGAUGAAACUAGAAAUCGUUUUAUCGUUUCAUUUCAUUUGAAUGAAUAUAAAACAGUCCAUGAUGAAUUUAAUCAAUUAAUGAAAGGAAAAAUUAAAAAAAUAAUUCAAAUUGAAAGAAUUCAAAAUCAACGUUGGUAUUUUCAAUAUUUAGCACAUAAAAAAGAUUUUUUUAAAAGAUUAAAUAAAAAUACAGAAAAACGUUUAUAUCAUGCAUCAAAAUUUAAAUUAAAUAAUUCAAUUAUAAAUGAUUGCUUCAAUAGAAGUUUUGCUGGUCUACAUGGUACGGCAUAUGGAAUGGGAGUUUAUUUUUCUUCAGAUCCAUCCUAUUGUCAUCAUUUUGCUAAACCAAAUUCAAAUGGAGAACGUUCAAUGUUUAUUGCACAAGUUCUUAUUGGAGAAACAAUUUUAGGAAAUUCAUCAAUGAAAACUCGACCACCUGGAUACGAUACAACAACGGAUGGAAAUCAUAUUUUUGUUAUUUAUCAUGAUGCACAAGCCUAUGCGCAAUAUUUAAUCACUUAUAAAUAA